AUGGACUCGGUGGUGCUCUCACUUACCUGCGCGGGCCUCGGCGCCUCGCAGGAGGACGAGGACGGCGCCGUCAUCGGCUACGCCAAGAGCGACCACUGCCUAGAUAAUCUGAAGGACCUGCAGAGAUUCCUGAGGCGGGACGACCCGCAGCGGCGGGAGGUUUUCAAGCAGGUCUGCAAGUGGAAGAUUGCGUCGAGGGAUCUGGUGCCCAUCAUCGAGAAUUACCAGACCGACCGCAAUCUGGUCAUCACUGCAGUGAAAGUAUUGGUGUUCCUUACGAUGCCUGUGGAGCCCUCGUCAGAGGAUGUUCCACAGCAGAUAGAGUAUCUGUGGGAUUUGAAGGCUGCACUGACACGCAAUGUUGCAGUGACUGUCAUUGUGUCUCUUCUUGAGGACCCAUUGGAUCGCUUGGAAAGAACUUUAUUCUCAGAAGAUGACUGGAAGUUAGUUCAGUUGGUGCUUACUUUGUUCCGCAACGUCUUGGCUAUUCAAGAAAUCACAUUGACACAGAAAGCAUCUGGAGAAGCUACCCACUUACUCUUCCUGGCUGACAGCUUUUUGGAGCUCAUGUUCCAAGAGAAUGUGAUAGACAUAAUCUUAGUUUUGACUCAGCAUAUUGAUGAGCCCUCUGGUUAUCUUAAGGAGGAAAACCUUCUUUUAAUGGAGAUCUAUCAUUAUCUCUUCUUAGGCCGAGACCCAGGACUGAUUGCCCGAGCUUCUAAUAAAGGUUCAAAGGAUGGAUCUAAAUCAUUGUGCAAAGGGAACCCAAGCUCUGCAUCUGCAAAUAGCCUCUUGAAAAUACGUAAUGACCAAAGAGGUCCUCAGAAAAGGAUAGCCUGGGACAAUGAACUUCUGUACAUACCAAAGGAGGGUAUUACAGAAAUGCUUAGAAGCUUCAUGGAUCAAUUUUUAUCUGGAGCAUACAAUAUCCUGAUGCAGUCAGUUUGUGAUGAUAUCAUGGAUGAGCACCACUCUAUUGAGAAAUCUGAUAUAAUUACAUUCUUCAAAGUUGCUCGAUUUGUUCUAGCUUUUCAACAUGAGAAGGCUUCAAAUGAUCAGAAAUCUGUUAAAGGGAUUCAACCAUCUGAGGUUUCUCCUAGCAACGAACAUGAUGAUAAUCAGCCAUUCCAUGGUGAUAUAUGUGGACCUGUUGCGGCCACAUUGAAUGAAGAUAUGUUCAAUAUAGUCAUUUCCAGGUGGCGUGAGACGUAUGAGGGUCUUAAGGAAACUAAGGACUACAAAACUCUUUCAGCAGCUGGGUCUUUAAUGAAGAACAUGAUUGACAUGAUAUAUUUGGUGCUAAAAGUACUUCCUGAAGAUUCAAGGGAAUCUCAAACAGCUCGUGUUUUACUGUAUAAACUGUUCUAUGAUCAGACAGAACAUGGUCUCACUCAAUUUCUGCUGAACUUGUUCAGAUCGUUUGAUAGUCACAAACAACCCAAAAGUGAUCUAGUGGAUUUAUUAGAAACAAUUCAUAUCAUGCUACAGCUCAUGGAAAAGCUUCAAGCACGCGGUGCAUUAAGGGUUGCAAAAAAGACAAAAAAGGUCAGAAGAAAGAAGGCAACAAAUGGUAAAAAUGAGAAUUCAGAACCCAAAGUGGAGAAUGUAGAACUAAACGACGCUCAUCCUACAGAUGGGACCAAAUGCUCACCUGAAUCACUUCCAGAUUUGAGGAUUGAGGGUCCUGCUUUAGAACCUUCUCCCUCAGAACGUGGAAAAGUAGACACCAGUGGUGCACAUGUACCGGAUACACUUAACACUGCAGUUAACAUGGAGAGUACCGCACAUGCUGAAGGUGGCCCAUCUUUCACAGACAGUGGUGUAAUGAAGAAUCUCAUCGAUGAAGAGGGUGAGACUUCAGAUUCUUCAGUUGAUCACCAACCUGCUACAAGUGAAGUUGAUUUUAACGUUUCCCGAUUAAUAUCUAGCCUUGCAAACAAUUCUGUUGUGCAAAAUAUUUGCUGGUUGUUGACGCAUUACAAAAGUAACUCCUACCGUACAAACCAUUACAUAAUAUGCAUGCUGCGGAGAUUCUGUGAAGAUCUAGAGCUGUCACCAAUGCUCUAUCAGCUAUCGCUUGUAACAACUUUCUAUGAUAUAUUAGCGGAACAAAAGUCGUCUAGUUCAAAAGAGUACACAAACAUUGUAAAUUUUCUUUCUAAAGUUGUGAGGAAAAUGUUGAGGGCAAUAAAAAAACAGCCAUUGCUAUUUGUCGACAUACUAUUUUGGAAGACACGAAAGGAGUGCCACUGCAUUGAUGCUGAUCUACUACUGAAUGAGCUUAAGAAAGAUGUUGGAAACAAGGAUGGUGAAAUUGGUUCAAGUAAGGGGUGGAGAGGUCCAGUAAAUAUAGCAGAUUCUCUUGGUGACGAUGAAGUUGACUUGGUUAUACCGCAGGCACCUUAUGAUGCUGAUAAGGAUGGAGAUCUAUCAGCUGAUGAACAUGGGGAUGAUUUUAGGAAGAGUAGUACUACAUAUAAAAGGAGCAGAUUAAUGUCACUUUCAGAUAGUGAUGCUGAGGAAAAUGAGAGGAACCAUGUAUCGAGAGAUUCGGUGCCCAAAGUUCCAAAACGACGAGGUCGUUCUCUUUUUACGGAAGAGCAAGAGAGGCUUAUAAGAGACCUUUAUGAAAAAUAUAAGGAUGAUCGCAAAUGCAGUCAUGUAAUAGCUGAUGCUUUAGACCCCAGCGGGAAGAUAUCUUCUGCUCAAGUUUCUCGUAAGCUUGGACAGUUAGGUCUCAGGAAUGUCACAAGGAGAAAAAAGGUUGCAGAUGAAUCUCUUUCAACUGGAGAUCGGGCUACAGAACCACAAAACAAUUCACUUGAUGAUCUGAACCCCAUGCUAGCUGAACAUAACCAUGGCCCCAAGUCUAAAAGCUCCAGGGCUAAAAGGAAAAGGUUAAAUGUGUCAAGCGAUGGCCAUGAUGACACAAGUCAUGGAAGAUCAUCCGAUGAAGAAACAUUACAAGUACUUAAAAGCAGAACAAAAAAUAAGAAAGUUCCAUUGGUGGAUAGUUCACUGAGUGCUGCACUACAGCAUCAAGAAGCUCAGCAUGACCCAGACUCUGAUGAUGCGACCAUAGGAUCCAUGAUUAGAAGUAGAAAAAAGAAGAGGUUAUCCACGUCAGAUUUUGAAGGGAAUGUACAAAACCAUCAAGAAUCUUCAGACAACACCAACACCAAAGAUUGUUCACCGACUAUAUCCCAACAUGAGAAAACUUUGCUAGACACUUAUCCUGAUGAUGAGACCAUUGGAUCCAUCUUUAGAAGUGGGAAAAAGAAGAGGUUAGUGACGUCAAAUUUCUCAGCGAAUAUAGAAGACCAAGAGUCUUUGAGAAAUAUUAACCUACAUGAUGAGACUGUUGCUUCUAAUAUCACGGGUGCUUCUGUAAAUCAUAGGUCUGAUCCAGUCGAUAACGGUGGCAAUACCGUUGAAGCUGAACUUUUGGAUGACUUUGAAGUCGAGCUAGAUAAUCACGAGAAUACUGACCAAAGGAUCACUGAUGAUGGAAACAUGACUGAAUCGGGGGACGCAACAAACUCUGAUGCUAAUCGAAGGGCUGGUUUGAAAAGAAGACACAGAUUGGUUAUUGAUGACGACGAUGAGGAUGAGUAA